GCGCGGCCCCGCGGCAAGUGUGCUGGGAAGGCGGGGAAGGAGGCGACGUCGGAGCGGGGAAUGAUGGCGCAGAGCGGGGAGAACACACAACUUUGAGACGCUCGAAACGGCGACGCGGCGGGCCAGCUGUCGGCGCUUGACGCCCCGGAACAAGUCUGAGAUGCCUUCACCCUGUGUGCUUAGUAGACAAAGCUCCUUGGGACUCAUGGCGCUGCCUGUAUGAAGAGGGAAUCAUUCACAGCCAGGAUUAAUUCAAAUUGCGCAGCAAUUACAAAAACAAACUGGCAAAAUGAUCCAAGCCGGAAGUAAAGGUAGUGAAAGGACCCUCAGGAGCGCGUCUCCUCACAGAAACGCAUACAAGUCGGACUUCCACGCCAUCAAAUGCUCCUUUGAUGGACAAAAAUCUGAAAGCGUUGCCAAGUCUUGCGCAAAUGGUUCCAGCGACACCCGUGAGGACUCCCGGGGGAGACCUUUUGGGACCAGAGUGCACAAGAUCAAGAAUAUAUUUCUACAGAUGGAUGGCCAGCAGCAAGAAGGCCAAGAUGUGAAAGUGACUGUAAAAACCGAUGUGUCCCAGGUGUCCCCACCAAAGCUGCAGGUUCCAAUCAGCACACACAGGGUUAACCUCAACAGCCCUACAAGCCCAGAAUCUCUCAAUUUAGAUAAAACUCCCAAAGGAGAGGAUGUGGAGAUCGACAAAGUGGCUUUGGCAGAGAAGUUUUCUGUGACUAGGAAACUAUUUGAAAGGGGCAUCACAGAGCAGCCUUCGGCUGAAAAGCAGUCGCCUAACAGGGCAGUAAAUCGCUUGUCGCUUGGAAGUUCUUCUGAUGAGGGAAAAAGCACACGGAGAGCAUCAGGAUCCUCAGAGACUUUCAAAUCUGAGCAUACCCCUACAUCAGGAGUUAAAUGUAGAGCGAGUGCUGAUAAUGAAAAAAAGAAUGUGCCUAAAGUGUCACUAAAUGCAGGGCCAAUGUCAAAGAGGUUAGAGAAUUACAUGGCUCGGAAUGAUGCAGUAGAUAACAGCUUGGCUGCUGCCAAAGUGGAGGCGAAGACUGCGAAAUCCGACAGUUUGACUGAACACUCACUGAAAACUUCUUCAUCAAUAGGCAGUUUACAAAAACCCACCUCCCCUAUCAGAGAAGCUACUAAUUCAUCACCUUUAGCUGAUGGUACUAAUAAAAACACAUCUCAUGCAACAAGUGUCCAUAAGAAAACCGCAUCAUCAGGGUCUAGAACUGAGCGCAAACCAACAUUCCCAGCUACAAACGCAGCCUACAAAUCAGUUUCUCCUACUGACGAUCACAAACACCCGUCACCAGAACCAACAACACCAGUUACCCACAGGUAUAAUCAAGAUGGCUUGUGCCAGACUGUUAAUGUGGAUAAAGACAAGCUUUGUAAUUCGCCGCCCAGUGAUGCGAAGCAGCAAAAAUCAGGGUUUGAGAACACCUACGCGACCAAAUAUCCAGAAAUAGCCACAAGUACAGACUGUUCAGGGAAAAAUCCUACAAGAGAAAAGACACCCAGCCAGACCUCAUCCAUUGACUCACAAGGGCUGGGCAUGGUACGGGCAGAGCUUGUAGUGCUUCAGAAUGAGUCUUCAGAGAGUGGGGACAAUGACGAGGAAGUAGAAGACGCUGUGUUUGUUGUGCAAAGUCCCAAACAGCCAACAGAAAAUGUAAAAAAGACAUUUCAGCCUGAAAAACAGAAUAGUAACAACCCUGUGGCAAGCACAUACGACAAAGAAGCAAAGUCUGUCUUGGAUAGCAAUGUGCAACCUGGGAUUAAAGUGAAGAACAAGGUGAAAUAUGAUGACCAUGAAGAGAACGAACUGGAGGAGCAUGCUGAGAAGACUAUUGUGAAUGGAGCCCCUGUGUACGGUAUUGAAAAUGCAGCCUUUGUGGAUGACAAGGAUGUAGACCAGGUCCUCGUUGAAGGAGAGGAAGUGACAGAAGGCGAGGAGGAGGAGGAGCAGGAGGAGGACAUGUACAGGGACUAUGAUGACUGUUAUGAGACUCCUGGACUGUCUGAUGAAGACGAACCUCCCCCAAAGAGGAAAAUCAAGUUCUCUACAGACCCCAUUCUGGUCUUCAGCACUUUCUCUAAUGAGGAGUAUGACCGACGCAAUGACGACGUGGACCCUGUUUCGGCAUCUGCAGAGUACGAGCUGGAGAAGAGAGUGGAGAAAAUGGAUGUAUUCCCUGUGGAGAUUCAAAAAGGAGACAAUGGGCUUGGCAUCAGUAUCAUUGGAAUGGGGGUGGGAGCAGACCAGGGUCUGGAAAAGCUUGGCAUUUUUGUAAAAACCAUAACAGAGCAAGGAGCAGCUGAGAGAGACGCACGCAUACAGGUGAACGACCAGAUAGUGGAGGUGGAUGGUGUUAGUCUGGUGGGUGUCACCCAACUGUUUGCUGCGACUGUUCUCAAAAACACCAAAGGCACAGUGAGAUUUCUAAUAGGCCGAGAAAAGCCCGGGACACAGAGCGAGGUAGCCCGCCUAAUAAGCGAGACAUUGGAGCAGGAGAGGAACCAGCAACAGCAACACAAUCACCUGGAAGACCCCUACGAACACUCCACAGAGGAGGAGGAGCGGUACGAGGACGACGAUGCAGUGGAGGAGAGGAUUCUUGGCUCAAAUUUUUCUCCAGGGCGGAAUGUAGAGGUAUUUGAGCUACCUGACACAGAGGCCUCGUUUAUGCCAACUAAUAUGGACAGCUCUCAGAUGGCCUUCAAGUUUAAAGAGCUCCAGCUCAAAAAUAGCAUUGCAUCAGCUGAAAUUAUUCAACUAAAGGAAAAGGUUAAGGGGUCUGAGGAGGACAAGUCAUUGUGGGAAGCCAGGGAGUCUGCUCUGGAGCAAAAGAUGGAGGAGAGUAACGGAAAAAUUCUCAAGUUGGAGAGUUACUGGCUAGAAACCCAGGCUCUGUGCAAGACAAUCAAUGAACAAUUAGCAGAAACCCAAACCCAAUAUGAGACUCUGGACAAGAAAUACAACAAGGCUAAGAAACUUCUAAAGGACUACCAGCAGAAAGAAAUAGACUUUGUGAAGAAGGAGGAAGAGCUGAAGAAGUGUAUCGAUGACAAAGAAAGGUGGUACAAGGAACAGCUAGACGUUUUGCAGAAUAGGAUAGCAGUCCUGGAGUCUGGGGAUGCUUCAGGUAUCACUUUAAAGACUGCUCAGAGCCUAGCAGAAGACAACCUUCUCUUGCAAGACCCAGUCCCUGACAAACAAUAUUUUGACUCACUUGCAGAGAAAGAUUGGAAGGAGCUGGUCCCUGAGACAGAACUGUUGGAUAUCAGUGCACACAAAGCAAAAGGCAUCCUAGCCCAGAAGGCCAAACGUCAGCGUCCUACCCGAAACAAAAUGAAGGAGAGUCUCACAGUCACGUCAAGCCCCUCCCAGGAAACUGAAGAGGAGGAUGAUCAGGUGGAGGAGGAACCUCAAAGGAGGAGCUCCAUCCAGGAGAGCCUGUCCCUCCCAGUGCCAGUCUGUUAUCCUGGGACUGAACAAAAAGAUGAUCCAGCUCAGACUAAAGAUGAAUUCAAGAGCAAGCCUGAGCUGUCCCCAUCCCAGGGGGGAAGUAUUGAAAGCAGUGGAAGUCCCUCCUCGUCCCCUCUAAAUGACACAUCUCCAAUAUCCCCCUCCGGUUUGAUGCUCAAUGUGAAAAAGAUAGAGUCCAAAGGCAAAGAAAAGGAUCUCAAAGAUGAAUUAGUUGAACCCACUUCAGCUACAAAGCCUAAAAGACGAUUUCCUGACUUUGGGGGCCUUCGGAAGUCAGGUGGCAGAGGAAAAAAACAUGACAAGGAGGCAAUGAGAAUGUCUUUGGACAGCAGGGGUUCAGCAGAGUUACUGGAAUACUCUGGUAGCGUGUCGCCUGCUGAGUCGAUGACUUCCAUCCCAACUUGUAUGCCCUUUUCUUGGUUUGGAGACAAAGAAAAGGACCGAGACAGGGAGCCAUCUUCCUCUAGCAGCAGCCUGCCAUACGUUGAAACCAGCAGUGAGCAAAGCCAGGAUCGCAAGAACAAGACAAAUCUCUCCUGGUCUUCUUUAUUCAGUCGCUCAUUAGAUUUGAGUUUGUCAGUCAUAGAUGAUUGUAACCCUGCCAGCCCCAGUGCAGACAUCUCUGGGUUAGUCGCUGAACCCAAUCUGUCUGGGCGCUCACACACUUUAAUCUUCUCUUCCAGUGAGACUCUGGAUGAUGAGCCAGUGGCCACAGGAAAAGAAUAUCAAUGGCAGAACCGACCUGUUUCUGAAUGGACCCAUCAACAGGUGUGUCACUGGUUAAUGGGCUUAAACAUGGACCAGUACACACCUGAAUUCACAGCAAAGGGAGUCGAUGGCCAACAACUUCUGCAGCUGGACAGCGACAAGUUAAAGGUGCUGGGUGUGUCCAGUCAGAGCGACCGAGCCACCAUCAAGAAAAAGCUAAAGGAAAUGCGCAAGGCUCAGGAGAAGGUGGAGAAACAAAGAGAGAAAAGAGAAAAGGACAUCCGGCGUAGCGGCCGAUUGCCGGUCAGUACUGACUCUGUGUGCUGAAGAAGUCGCAUUCUUCCUAUAGCUUACAAACUCUGUGAGCCUACAGGAACAUUUACAAAGUAGUUUUGUCAAACCCAAUAGUGCCCACGCUGAGCGGACUAAGGUGCCAGUAGUCAUUUUUGUUCAUACCUAAUAUUCUGUCCUUUCUGCAACAGCUAACUAAAAAUCUAUUUUAUUCAUGAGAUUAUGAUCUCCCAAAAAAUGUCACCACUAUGAAAUGGCAAGCAAUAAUCAAAGUCUGUUUUCAGAUAUUACAUGCACAUUUUUUAUGAAAGUCCACUUUGUAUCGCUUUUGCAACAUGUGAUCUUAUUUUGCUCGUAUAACUUUGCUGUUAUAUGUAUUGUACAGUUGAGUCAAGAGCACUAUUUUUCGUCUUUUAAAUUUCCAUGAAUGACAAAGUUUUAAAUGUAUAAAUGUUUUAUACAUGUGCCAACUAUCUGCUUUACUUUUUUUCAUUUACAUAUUGUUGGUUUUAUACUUUCUAACGUUUUCUACUAAGUAGAAUAGUUAGAGCAGGCAAGCACACAUGGAGUCAUUCUUGCAAACACUCGCCGAUGACCAGGACUGAUAGAUUGUUACCAGCCAAGCCGAAGUGUUUCUCACUACUUCUACUUUUGUUAUCAAACAGCAAGAGAACUUUGCUCUCAUCUUUGGAAUCAGAAAGACACUUCUGCGUUCAAACAGCAUAAAUAAACUAACAAUACUUGUUUACUGACAUCUCUGACAGUGGCCAAGCAUCGGUCCAUAUACUGGAAAUGAUGCUGCUUAUGUCUGACUGCAUUCCACUUUGAAUGCACUUUAGUAUAGUGAUGCCUAAUCUUCACUCAUUCCAGAUCCUGUAUAACUUUCCAGGGAAAUAAAACUGCUUUCAAAAUGUA